AGAAAAUAGAGAAGAAGAAGAAGAACCGGAAGAACCAGAGAAGAGGAAGAGGGGAGGUAGAAGGCAGCAAACCACAAUGAUCAAUUCAACAUUCGACACCCUUCCAAAUGCACACAUACAACUACAUAUAGACCCAAAAAGCAACCCUAAUGAGACUGGGCUAGCCCACUAAUAAACACCCAUGACAACAAUUCAGAAUUAUAUUUUUUAGUUGUAUUGAAAUUUAGGAAUUCAAAUUGAAAUUGUGAUUUAAUUUAAAUAUGUUAAAAAAAAAUAUAUAUAUUUAUAGUUGGUAACCUGUGAAAGAUUUGGGGAUUCUUUGGCUUUAUGUAUUUAACAUCUAUUCUGAUUGAAUUGAUGCUCAAUCAUAUCUACCCGGAUGAAAUUGGCUUGAUGUUGAAGUUCAUCUCAAAACACAACAUUAACGUGCUACUUCUGUUUUUACUAGCGUUUUAUGUUGAUAGCUGGUGGGGACCAACUGUGACUACUGCGAUAUUUGUUUCUGCGGCAAUUACGGAUUGGCUUGAUGGGUAUCUUGCUAGAAAGAUGAAACUUGGAACUCCAUUUGGUUCAUUUUUGGAUCCAGUGGCUGAUAAGCUUAUGGUUGCUGCCACCUUGGUCUUGCUAUGUACUAAACCUUUGGAAGCCGGAAUAUUUGGACAAGCACCAUGGUUACUGACUGUGCCUGCAAUUGCCGUAAUCAGUAGAGAGAUUACCAUGUCUGCAGUCAGGGAAUGGGCUGCUUCUCAGGACAAAAAGCUUUUAGAGGCUGUUGCAGUAAAUAAUUUGGGGAAGUGGAAAACAGCCACUCAGAUGACCGCAUUAACCAUCAUUCUAGCUGCCAGAGAUAACAGUCUUGAAGGGACGGAAUCUCUUGUAGCUUUUGGGGUCAUUUUACUAUAUAUUUCAGCAUGGCUCGCUGUAUGGUCAUUGUACGUAUAUAUUAGAAAGAUAUGGAAAGUAUUGCUUAGAUAGCCAUCUCGACCUUCAUCUAUAUUCUUACCACACGAAGUUAAGAAAUUGUCCAUGGAACACAUUUCUGCUGGUCAAGCAGAGUUUCUUCAUCGACAUUGCUGCCUUAUUGGAUCUUCUGCGGUGUCUUCUGUUACAUUAACUGUCAACAUAUUGGGCUAUUUUCUGCUGCAACUUAAUCGGCCAAACGAGAUU